AUGCAGCUUGAGAUCAUUGUGAAGCAAGCCGUGGGCCUGAAACACGAUGGGCGGCAUUGUGUGGAGUUCCUGCUGGAUAACCAUGCGCCCCAGCGCACUCGCUGGGUCGACGAUCUAUAUGACACACAGGGGCUCGUCGUACAGCCCAAGAACUUUCACUCCAGCAGGUGCACUAUCACUCUGAGGGCAGAAAAGGAGGCGUACAAGGACAGCUUCAUACAUUUGACCCUUUUUCAUCAGAGGAACAUUCGGGAUGACAAGCGCGCUGCUGAGGCUCAUCUACCGUUCUCUGGUGUAGCAAAUGGAUUUAAAGGUUGGGUUGGGCUUGAGCACAAAGACAAGUAUGGAGGCAAACUCUACAUAGAGGCAAAUCUCAAGGAGUCCAUGCCUGCGCCUGCACCUCCUCGCCCAAAAGCCGUGGUGAUGCCGUCUCCAGAUGAUGCGGAGAUUGCAGAACAGAUGGCCAUCUUAGCAAGCAUUCAGGCGAGUCAAGCGAGCCAGGCUAGCUCCCAGCCAGCUCAGACGAGCCGACCUGUGAGUCACGGCCAGUCUGUAUCUACGGCCACAGCGACAGCGGGUGUGGCAGCUACAACAUCGCCCGCAUGGCCAUGGCCAGAUAGCUCCGAUUCGCAUGCACAACCUUCCUGGCCGGACUGGCCUGGUGCGAAUCCCAAACAAGAGCUUCCCGUGCCUCCCAGUCCUGCACCAGAGCCUGUCCUGCCCGCUUUGCCGGAAUGGAUUUCUUGGCUCGACUACAAGGCGGCCUUGGACACUGGCAAGGCUGGGACCCUGGCAGCUCCCCAAGGGGCAAUUUCAGGAGGCCCUGCCAAGCCAACUGGACGACGAAAGGCGUUGUUGAUUGGCUUGAAUUAUCCUGGCACUGCAGCAGAGCUGCGAAAUGGUGGCAACGACGUUGAGCGGGUGGCAGCUGUUCUGGCUAGAUUAGGGUUCCCGGAAGAGUGGACCUUGAAACUGACUGACGAUGCACCUGCAUCACCAGAAGUUGCUCCGACCAAACGCAACUUUAUCGGUGCCAUGCGCUGGCUAACACAUAACCUUGCACCCGGUGAUGUCCUUUUCUUUCAUUUCAGUGGUCAUGCGACUCAAGAAGAUGAUGAAGGGAACGUGCCAGGCGGAGAUGCGCUUUGCCCAGCUGAUUUCUCGGAAGCCGGCUCCAUAUCGUCAGAGCUAGUGUGCAAGAUGCUGGUACAGCCUCUGCCGCCAUAUGUCAGACUCACCAUGCUUAUCGACUGCUGCAUUCCGUGCUUAUGUCCAGAGCUCCCGCUGCUGUAUGACCUGCAGCAGGACAGAUGGGUUCUUGGCAGCGCGACAGCCUCACAUGGUGAUGUGAUCUGCUUGGCGGCAGUGGGCUCGGAGAUGACCAUGGAAGAUCUGCAACAGAUCCGUGCGGCUGAGCAGGGGCUUGUCACCAGUGCUUUUCUUCAGGCCAUGCAGCAGCUAGCACAACAAAGGAAGGGCCCAGUCACCUACCAAGAGCUUGUCUCGGAGGCGAGCCAACAUCUUCAGCCGUAUGCCCACAGAGGUUUGCAGCUGUCUGUAACGCAAAUGUUUGAUCCUAACGUCCGAACUUUUCGUUUCUUCGAUGCCAUUCAGAGCAAGGUGCGCUAA